AUGGACCGCCUCAUAUCGCAUUGCUGCUGGAGGCCACAGAUGCUUGACAUCGACUGUUCCCGCGUCAACCUGCCCUGUCCAGAAAACCUUUUUACUUUCGACGAAGCAUUUGAAGCUCCAAAGAUACAAACACUGACCUUCCAAUCUGAGGUGUCUCGACUUGGAUUGACCCCUUACUUUGUCGCAAUUUUACAUCUAUGGGCACAAGCAACCUAUGAACAAGUAAAAGGCGGUCGUCCAUACCACAAAGACAGCCCUAGAAACCUAGGAAGUCCCCUUUGGCAGCUCGAGAGGAAAAUAGCCGAAUUUCAGGGCUCACUUCCUCCAUCCAUGCGAUGGUCAACGCAAAACAGGAAGGUUUUCCGCCACACUAGCCAAGAAGGAAUGUUUGUCAAUUUCCAUUUUCUUCUCAACCACAUGAGAUGUGCAAUGCACCAAGAAUACCUUCCAUAUCGAGACACACUGAAUCCUCCAACAGUGCAUGAUGGCUCGCAGGAUGGUAAUGAUCUGAGUGCGGAUUGCGUCGACCGUGAAGAGGAGGAAACAGUGUCGAUCUGCAUUUCCAGUUCUGAAGCUAUUCUCGACAUUGUGGCUGAGCUCUCCAAAGAGAAUGACAGUGGUAAGUCUUGUUUACAGUCGGUCUUUGCCGCCUAUGCUAUGUUGUCUGCUGCAAAUAUCCAACUAUGGACCCGAUACGUGGAAAGCAAAGAUGACUCGACUUGUGAAGGCGCUUUGAGAAAAAUUGAAGAAAUAUCCCUUGUGUUCGAAUCUUGGAAAACCCAGUGGCCAGUGGCAGAGGCAUGGGUGAGCACCCUGACCUCCUUGCGCCGGCUGUACAAAGCUACAUAUACCCUGAACCUCAGCUCGGACGAUGAACGUCGCGGAGUCGAUAACUCGGAAAUCGAUUCAGGAGGUCCCCCUGCCAUCAUCGAACGUGACGCAUACGAGCGCCCUUGCCCGCGUCUUACCGAAGGCAACGGACUUCCUGAUUGGAAUGAACGAAUAAGUGAUAAGAUCAGAUUUAUUCUAUUGGCUUCACUCGAAGAUACUGAUGCAAGGGAACGAGUCUUGAAUUCAUCGAUUAGCACGCAGAAGCAGUAUUCUUGGGAGUAUGAGGGAUUCAUCGAAGACUUGGAAAAUGGCUUUCCAGAUCUGACCGCUGAUGACUCAUGGUCAGGUCUAAUUGGCGAUUUUGCUUAG